GUCACAUUCUAUUGCCGACCACGGGGACGCGCAAGAAGCGAGUGCGCUACGGACGGGAAACAGCUCCUUGGAACUGAAAAACUCAACAACGAAUUGGAAUGGCUGCGAUUUCGCCCUAAUAAAUGCGUUAAACGUUACAAAAAUCAAAGAACAGGAAGUCCUGUUGACAUCACCUCCUGUCUGCGGCUAUGUCGUGCCGGGACAUCCACGCCACCAAUGCCUUCUCCUUCAUCAUCGCCUUCAUCUCCGUGGGCGGCAUCGCUGUGGCGGCGCUGAUCCCACAGUGGCGAGUGACACGACUUGUCACCUUCAACAAAAACGCCAAGAACAUCAGCGUCUAUGAUGGCCUGUGGGCCAAGUGUGUGAAACAAGAUGGCUACUCUGGCUGCUACUACUACGACUCAGAGUGGUAUUCUAAAGUGGACCAGUUGGACCUGCGACUGCUCCAGUUCUGCCUGCCGACUGGGCUACUGUUUGGCUCCCUGGCCCUGGUGCUAUGUAUGGCAGGCAUGUCUAAGACAUGCUGCUGCUCUGAUAAGGCUGAGACAGACAUCAAGAAUACCCGCUGUCUGGUCAACAGCGCAGGCUGCCACCUAGUGGCCGGGAUGUUCCUGUUCCUGGGCGGUGCUAUCGCCCUGGCGCCUUCCGUGUGGUUCCUGUUCCGGACCAAAGAGAUGAACAUCAGGUACGACCGCAUCUUCUCAGACGGGUUCGCGGUCUACGUGGCCAUCGGCUGUUCUGGCGGCCUCAUGCUCGCCGCCCUGCUGAUGUUCAUGUGGUACUGCAUGUGUAAGAAGCUACCCUCUCCCUUCUGGCUGCCUCUCCCCACACUCCCUAACUCCCUCUCCAUCCAGCCCCUCACAGCCAACGGGUACCCCCCCUCCCCCGUCUACACCCCUCAGACCUUCCCUCCACAGGGGUACGUCCCCACUGUGAUGGAUGCCCAGCCCUACGCUCCCUCCCAGGGCUACCCUCAGAGCGUAGCCCCACUGGCCCAGCAGCCUCAGCAGGUCUAUAUGUCCCAGAUGUCAUCCCCGGAUGGGUAUGGGUCAGAGGUGGGUCAGAACCAGGCUUACAGCUAUGCCCCGUCCCAGAGUUAUGCCCCCUCUCAGGUGGGCUACGCCCCCAGCUACAUAGGCCACCGCUACUCCACACGCUCACGCAUGUCUGGCAUAGAGAUAGACAUCCCUGUUCUAACACAAGGCCUCUGAGGGAGGGCUGCUGCAAGAACACUGAGUCCUGGUUCCAUUUAGCUGUCCUGUCUCCUGUAAAGGGUGUGUACUGUCAGUGAAGGAUAUGACUGUUGGUCAGUCUGCACUAGAAAUACAACUGUUUGUAAGUCGCUCUGGAUAAGAGCGUCUGCUAAAUGACUUAAAUGUAAAUGUUAAAUGUACUCAACCAAGCACUGCACUGUUAGACACAGUUUAGUAUGCAGGCUCCACAUCUGGUGAAAGGACACCAGAGAUGCCCCAUAAUGAAAUCUGAAUUCACUGUUGCAUUUUGAUAGAAAAUAUUGUUUUCUAAUUGCACCUAUUUGUACAUCUCUUAAUGUAAAUCUGCUUGAAACCUCAUAGCAUUUCUACACUGUGUAUAUUGUGUUCACUAAUAUUUCAACUGCUAAGAAAUUAACUAAACUGUACUUUAACCGUGAGGUAAAAGGGAGUGACACUAACUGGCUGUGAUGUCUUUGUUGUGCCUGUUUAUAUUAUUGGUCUGUUAAGAAAUACUACUGCUGUGCCUUGUUCAGAACAGCCAUAUUACAUUGCUUAGUUAUUCUGUUUUUGUAUUAAUACUGUUUCUUUUGUUCUGCUAGUUUUCUACACGUGCUGUUUUUGGGCGUUGGAAAUAUGAUAAUAUGCUGUAACAUGUGAGAAGACAUGGGAAUGUCCUAAUGACUCAUCAACAGUACAGCAGUGGCUCUAAGGCCAUGACUUUUUAUAUGUACACAUGGAUUAGAUCAUUUUGUAUCUAAUUCACAUAUCAUGAUGCCACCGUACAUCAAUCAAAUGUCACAAAGUGCAAUAUCAUGAAGGUAGUUGUUGAACUGUCUCCUUUGUUAAGGUGCCUGGGAGAUAUGAUUGAACCAGAACACAUACUGCUCCUCUGUGGCUCUGUCUGCUACUCAGACCAAAGGAACGUCAAAAUGAACAUCUUAUUUUAGCUCUGGAACACUGCCAUCUGUCGCCUGUCCUUUUUGUCAAAUUGUACGUCUACACUGAGCUGUGAAAGCAAACGUAGAGCUACUCUGGUUUCCACUUCAUUCAUCCACUACUGGGCUCCUGAGUGGCGUAGCAUCUCAGUGCUAGAGGUGUCACUACAGACCCUGGUUUGAUUCCAGGUUGUAUCGCCAUGAUUGGGAGUCCCAUAGGGCGGCGCACAAUUGGCCCAGCAUUUUCCGGGGUAGGCCAUUAACUGACUUGCCUAGUUAAAUAAACUGUCAUUGAUUUCACAUGAAGGGGAGGGGGGGGUUCACUACACUAACAUCACAUUCCAUUGGCUGUGCUGGUUCUAAAAUGGUAGAACACUGACUGUAUGCACUGGGCCUCUUAUGAUUCUACAAUCUAGAGAAAGGAUUCUGUGAUUUGUUGCAUUCUAUCCCUAAACACUAGUUUUGACCAAACUGUCCUCUAACUCGUGUGUUGACUUCAUCUUUACUACCCCUUGUAUCAGCCGUAACGUAUCCGACAUGCUCUCUCUGUUGCAGUGCUGCAUGUACAGUCUAAUGUUCUUAUCUCUAUGGAAAAUGUCUUUGUUCACCAGACCUUUUUCUCAAUAAAAAUUGUAUCUAAUUAAA